UGUACGUUAGGCCUUAACUUUGAGCGUUAAGACCUAACACAGUUCAGUUCGAUCGCUUAGUCGUCCUCUGCAGCUCUAACAGUAAGCUUUAUAGGCCGGUUACAGAUCGUUUAUUACACGUGCGCUUCGCGAAAAUAGAAAAAAAUUUAUAAAUAUUUUUGGCGAACAAUUUAAAAAUAAAAACCAUAAAAUUAUUUUAAAUAAAUUUUUUAAUUAUGUGAUUUCUUUUCAAUGUUUAUUUUGAUUUAUUUUUAUAACUGUUGGUGUUUUUGUGUUUUUCGUACUAAUAUGUAGUGUGAAGUGGGUGUUUUAUUCGAAAAUUUUCUUGAAAUAUAACUUUGCAGGAUGCGCAGGUCCAAGUUCGUUUUCAGGGUUCUUAUAGCUUUUAUCCUGUUAAAUGUUUGCCUCUCCAACGAUUCACAAUCACCAACCCGCGCUAAAUUAACGACAAAGAGAAAAUACCCAUCGAAAGUCUACGAGAUGUACAAGGAAAGACUACUUAAGACGAAAGUCCCGAAAGUUGCUGGCGUUUGGUCGGCUUGGAGCCAAUGGUCUUCGUGUUCGAGAACUUGCGGAGGUGGAAUUAUGUAUCAAAUUAGGAAUUGCGUAUCGAAACCAGAUUCAUCACCCAAUUUAAUUAAUACUACGAUAAUUAGUGGUGAUAGUAAAGAAAAAUUCGCCUAUAAACAUAGAAAACGACGUCACGAAAAAGUGAAGAAAUUAAAUCAUUGUGUUGGUCUUUACAAAAGAAUUCAUUUAUGCAACAAUCAAGAAUGUCCAUUUCAUAGAGAUUUUCGAGCAGAACAAUGCGCGAGUUUUAAUCAUAGACCCUUUAAGGGAAUCCCCUACAUCUGGGAACCAUAUAUAAAAGAAGGAGACGAAUGCGCUUUAAAUUGUUUAGCAAUUGGUGGUGGAUUUUAUGCAACUCUUAACCAAACCGUAAUCGAUGGAACUUCGUGCUUUAAACCAACGACAAACACAGGUAAAUCAGCUCCAUUAGGAAUAAGAGGGGUUUGCGUCGAAGGACAUUGUAAGGUCGUUGAGUCUGAAGAAUAUACAAGUAGAACCGUUCGUAGUGGAGGAUUUUAUUCCGUAGGCCCAAAUUUACUUCUAAAAUCCAAACAAGAUCAGACUAUAUCUUCAAAUGGAAUAAUAGGUGCUUUAGAUGAAUCCCAAGAAGAAUGUGCAGCUUGUUCAAAAGGGAAUUGCAAAAACGUUUCUGGUCUAUAUACAAGACCAGAUUUAACUGACGGCUACAAUUUUGUAGCUCAAAUUCCCCCGGGAGCUUGCAGAAUUCUAGUUCAGCAAUUAAAACCCACCAGAAAUAUCAUCGCACUGAGACACAUAAACGGAACUUCGAUUCUAAAUGGAGACUGGAUGUUCGCAAAUAGUAAAACAACGGAAGGAGCUGGUACAAAAUUCAACUACAGGAAACAGGAUGCGACCUCCCUAGAGACAAUAACAUCACCCGGACCCACGAACGUCCCGGUGGAAAUAAUGAUUGUAGCGUAUCAACAAAAUCCGGGUAUUAAAUACGGAUAUUCGGUGCCGCCGGAAACUGAUGAACAAAUCGCCCCACCAUUAAUCCAACAAAUGUCAAACGAUAUCGGUCUUGAACCGAGACGUUUGGAUGUUAACCAUCAUCAGAAAGACGAAGGUAAACCGACUACUCAUCGGAGAAUUCGUCCACGAAGACGUUUUGCUUGGAAAAUAACCGGAUUAGGACCGUGUACAAAAACUUGCGGUGGCGGAGUUCAAACCCCUAUUUUAACUUGCGUAAGAGAAAUAUCCCAAACCCCAGUCCUCCAAAAACGUUGCAACCACUUAGAACGACCUCCAACCAUCCCAGUUUCGUGUAACACACAAAAGUGCCCAGAAAUAAAUUGGGGCGGACAUUGGGGGCCGUGCACUGGUUCUUGUGGGGAAGGUGUACAAAAUUACCUUUUGAAAUGUAUGGAGGAGGAACCCCAAACCGGACGAAUGCUGACUGUUGAUGAUGGAAGAUGUCCACAACCGAAACCAACAGCAUCUAGUCGAUCUUGUACAUUACCGAGUUGUGAAAAUAGUAUUUUAAAUGCACUUCCACAAACUGUUGAGGUUGACAAUAGAAAAAGUUAUCAUAAGUGGCAUGUUAGUCCAUGGAGUCAGUGUUCUGUUACUUGCGGAACAGGUCAUCGUACAAGAGAAGUUUCAUGUCCUUCAACGCAAUGUCGUCCCGAUUUACGUCCAACACACGCAGAACAUUGCGAUGAAGGUCCUUGUCCCGAUCCAACCGGAAAACCAUCAAAUUGGCUCCUAAGCGAAUGGUCUCAAUGUUCAGAAACUUGCGGUACCGGAAAUCAAACGCGACGAGCUCAUUGUUACCGCGAUAAUUGUAACGAUGAUGACGGAACUAAACCAGAAACUGUUCGAGCUUGUUCAUCGGAUAAAGAAUGUUCAGGACGAUGGUUUACUGGACCUUGGGGUCCUUGCUCCGAUACAUGCGAUGGACAAGGAAGGGAAAUUCGGGAGGUUCUUUGUGUUAUUAAGGUUAAAGGGCAGACGAGAUUGGGGGUUGAGAUGAUGUGUCCUGGUCAUAAUCGACCGGAAAGUGAAAGGUCAUGUCGGGGACAUUGUAACCCGACGUGGUAUUCAGGGGAGUGGAGCAUUUGCGAUGGAAAUUGUCCGGAGGGGAGUCAAAGUAGGGAGGUUAGAUGUUUUGAUGUUAACGGGAGGUAUUCGGCCGCUUGUAAUGUAGAAGAAAUGCCGAAUUCAAGGAGGGAUUGUGUCUGUAAUAAAAAAGAGGAUCAUCGGGAUCAUAGGUAUAAACCUGUUCAAGAUGAACCACCUGUAGAUAGAAAUUGUGUGGACAAAGUAAAAACUUGUCACUUGGCUGUACAAGCAAGGCUUUGCCGUUACGAUUACUACACAACCCACUGUUGCGUAUCCUGUAAUAAGGCUGGACAAGAUCUACAACAGUAAAUUGUCAAAAAAAAAUCGGUUUUUGGUUUGAGAAAAAAGUGUUGGAUCAGUAGAAGAAAGAAAACGCUGUGAUUGGUUCUUUUUUUGUAAGAAGUUUUCUUUAAACUUUUAAGACAGGUAAGUUGAGUAAAAACAGUUAAGUUUAAAGAAAGAGGGUGUAUUAAAAAAAAACGGUUUUGAAAAGGGGACGAAAAGGAAAAAUUACGAAAGCGAAAACGAAUAAGCAAUAAUUAAACAAAAUAAUACCUUUUUUUAUGGAGAUAUGCAUGAUUAACAACUAAUAAUAAUUUUAGAUGAUUAAUACAAAAAUAAAUUAAAAUAAUUCGCGCACCUUCCCCUUUUUUAUAAAUUUACUCGUAAAUAGUGUAAAUCGCUUUGUAAAUUUCUCUCGAUAAUAAAAAAAUAUACGUAAAUGGAGUGGUUAUAAAAAUCAUUUCUCUCAAUACUCAAAGAUCGCGCCAUCUAAUGAGUACAUACAGAAAAGUGAUUUUAUAGUGAUUCUUUGUAAAAGAGGAAUUUACAAAAAAUUUUAGAUGUCUGUGAUUGUCUUAUACUAUUAACAUUUCACUUACUUAAACUAGGUUUAUUUUUUUUAUAGUCGAAUAGCUCUAAUUUUUAAUGAUUAAAGCUAGAAAAAUAAUAAUUGUUAGCUUCCCCCUUGAUAAUAAUUAAAUUAAAUAAAUAAAUCAAAAUCAGUCGCUAAAACUACCAUUAGACUAAUGUAAUAGAUCAAUUUCUAUGUAGGGCUUGUCAAUUAUUGUUAUUAUUACCUUGUAUUUAACUAAUUAUUACCUUAUAAUUAAUAAUUUACAAUUUGUAUUGAAUAAUCAUUACGCGUAUUUAAUUAAUUAAUUGUAACUUUUUGCACUGCCAUUCUGAGUUAGAAUCGAAAGAAAAAAAAAUACCCAAAGAAACGUUUUUAUUUUUUGAGUUUUAGCAAUUUUUUUAAGUAUUGUGUUGAAUAAAAUAAAAUCUAGAAAAAAAUGAAUUAAAAUAAACCCAACAAGAUUCUUUUUGUUAUCUUAUCGGGUUUGUUUUAAACGUUUUUGGAUGUUAUAAAAUAUUAAUAUGUGCUACUUUUAACGAUAAUGUCAUGAAUAAAAGUAUUACUAGGCUUCCGUUUUCUGUAUUUAUUAGUUAUAAAAAAAAAUAUUAAAAAACGUCGAUGAUUAAAUGAAAAUAAUAAUAAAAACGAUGUGGAUGUUU